AAUGGCAACAAUAAUGGUCAGCCCAAGCUUUGGAACCACUUUUACGUAUCUUCUAAUGCUUGUAAAUCAAAAUCGUAUAUAAAAGGAGAGGUUCAUCACAGUUUGACUUUCAUAAAGACCUCAAUCUUCUCACAAUGUCAGCCAAACCCACUCUCGUUCUCGUUCACGGUGCUUUUCAUGGCCCGGAAGCGUUCCAUUUGAUCCAUCCAAAGCUAGAAGCUCUCGGGUACCCCGUUGUAGCCGUGGCUCUUGCCAGUGUUGGAAGAAGUCACCCAACUGCCACAUAUCUUGACGAUGUCGCUGCGAUCCACGAGGCCGUGCUUCCUAUCCUAGAUGAAGGGAAAGAAGUCGUCUUAGUAACUCACUCAUGGGGAGGGAUUCCUGGUGCCGCUAGUACCGAGGGUCAAACGAUUGAAGACCGCGCUGCUCGAGGAGAAAAAGGCGGCAUAAAAUCUAUCCUCAUGAUAGCUUCGGCUAUUGUGAUGGAGAAGGGAAUAAGUUUGUCGCAAUCAAAUGGCACCAGCGGUGUUGAUUGGCUAGAUAUAGAGGAGAAUUUCGGUAUCUGUAACUCACUCGCCAAAAACAUUUUCUACCACGAACUGCCGCCCGCCCAAGCAGAUCACUACUACUCGCUUCUCAAACCUUCAGCAAUAACGACGUUUUUCUCACCAGUUCAUUACGUCGCAAGCGAUUUGAAGAUACCCAAGGCUUAUAUAAUUUGCGUGAAGGAUCUGGCAGUUCCUGUAGCGCAUCAAGAGGCUACAGUGGACAAGGUUGGAGGUUUCAAGAAGAUUCGAUUCGAUGGUGGACACUCGCCGUUUUUGAGCCAACCGGAGUGGACUGUACGCGCCAUUGACGAGUUUGCUAGCGAGAGUUAGAUGAAUAACAAAUUCCUUUCGGAGCAUCAG